AUGUCGUUGUCAAGGGGACAGUGUGCGAAUGGUUUUUCAAGGAGACAGCAUAAGAGGUCUCGCGUUCCUGUGGCUCAAACAGUUGAGCAUGAUGCCAAGGUUAUCAGAAACACGUUGCGAUUAGAGUGUGAGAUUAUAAAUGUCGGACAGCUUUAUGGCUGCGGGAUGAACGCAAAGAGGGAGACGGAGAAAGAUAAACAGUCCAGGGCGAAGAGAGCCGUUCAGAGAGGGGCCACAGCGGUUAUCUUUGACGUCUCGGAAAAUACAGAUGCCAUCGACCAACUGAACCAGGUUUCAGAAGACCCCUUAAAGAGACCGGUGGUCUAUGUCAAAGGAGCCGAUGCGGUUAAACUGAUGAACAUAGUCAAUAAGCAAAAAGUGGCACGAGCCAGAAUCCAACAUCGACCGCCAAGGCCCACAGAGUAUUUUGACAUGGGCAUCUUCCUGGCGUUCUUCGUUGUGGUGUCUCUGGUCUGCCUCAUCCUCCUCAUCAAGAUAAAGCUCAAGCAAAGACGCAGCCAGAGUUCUAUGAACCGGAUGGCCAUUCAGGCCCUGGAGAAGAUGGAAACACGCAAGUUCAAGGCUAAGGUCAAGAGUCAGCAUGAAGCCAGCUGUGGAGCAUCAGACUCAGUGAGCAGUAGUUCCACAUCAGACUGUGCCAUAUGCCUUGAGAAAUACAUCGAUGGCGAGGAGUUGAGAGUGAUCCCUUGUGCACACCGAUUCCACAAGAAAUGUGUGGACCCUUGGCUACUUCAGCACCACACUUGUCCACACUGCAGGCACAACAUUAUUGAACAAAAAAAGGGAAACCCAGGCGCUGUUUGUCUUGAUCCAGGAAACCCAGUCCACAGCCGCCAGCAGAGAGUCGUCCUCCCUGUUCAUUAUCCUGGAAGGGUGCACAGAGCUGGGCAAGUGACGGCCUACCCUACACAGACCAGCAUGGACCCUCAUGGCAACCCCAUCACUGUUCUAACAGUGGACCAACACCCAGAGCAGGGCCUCUAUCCUUCACAAUCUUCCUUUAUUCGGGGUUACCCUGCCCUCCACUUGGAACACACGCUAAACCCACACCAUUGUGGCCUGGAGCAUCGUGCCCCUGCUUACCCACAAACCCAUACUUUCAAACGGCCCAAAUUCCAUGGACGCAAUUUUUCUCGUGCUGCCUGCUUUUCUCAAUACGAGACCAUGUACCAGCACUACUAUUUUCAGGGCUUGACCUUUCCGCAACCUGAAGGUCAGCAAGGUAAUGGACUCCACAAAGGUCACAAUCGACCCUUCCAGCCAGGACUUUUGUAUCCUACUGUGGUGCACAUGGCACCAGCUUCCUCUUCCCGCCUGGGUGACUCCGGAAGCACCUCGGGACUUAGUUGUUACCACGGGCACCGAUCCAUGUGUAGUGGUUACCUUGCGGACUGUCCUGGAAGUGACAGCAGCAGCAGCUCGGGUCAGUGCCACUGCUCCUCAAGUGACUCCAUGUUGGAUUGUACAGAAGUCAGCAACCAGGGAGUAUAUGGGAGCUGCUCAACAUUCCGGAGUUCACUAAGCAGUGAUUACGAUCCCUAUGUAUACCGCAGUAAGAGUCCUUGUCGGGGAUCGGCCGGGGAGGCUGGGACGGUGUUUGCCGCCACCCCUCAAGUUGACGACACUUCAGCCCCAGUAUCAGGGAUGAUGGACUGCCUACAACCGCCGGUUGGAGCGUGUUACAGUUCUGGGGACCAGUUGUCUAACUGCAGCCUGGAGCCCAACUGUAGUAGCCACUCUUCGGUGGAAACCAGGGAACUUACUAGCACUAACUCAGCUGGGCCCCUAGAGGGCACUGUGGCAGAAAGGAGCCACAGCUCUGUGAAGCCUUGUGGAGAGCAAGGGGAAGCUUGUAACUGCUGUUUCGAGGUACCCAAAUUAAACUUAGAACGUAAAGGUAAGGAAGGAGAUGACCGGGGACACUGCAGGUGGGCCACAGAAUCUCAAGCGGUCGCUUCCCCACAGAACUUUUAUAGUGUUAGCUCCGAGCAGCUACAGUCUCCAGAUCAUGUUAGCUAUGAUGGACUGCCAUGCUGCUUCUACACAGAGAUGACUGUACACCAAGGAAGUGCUAGUCAUUACGCUGAAGAUUGUUCAGUUAACGUACAGUAUGCCCAGACAGACAGUGACGGCUGCAUGGGACAGGGUUGCUGUGAGCUAGCGCAGCGGAUACCCAUAAUUCCUGAGGAUACAGACUGUGAAUUAAGCUUGGGUCCAGAACCACAAACUAGUUUGCUCCCUCCUAGACUUACCGUAGAGAGGGAGGAGAGAACUUCUGAGGAGACUUGUGACUUGUUUUUCACCUCAGGACAAUAUAGAGGUCAAGUUUAUCAGCAGCCUCAGGAUGAAGAGACGAGAGCACUGUUUCCCUCGCAGUGUAGCGGCGUAUCUGAAACACAAGGGGGUGGCAAAGCAUCAUUUGAUGGAUCGGGGCUCUGAUGGGAAGCCCUAACACAGCACAAGCUCUUGAAAAUCAAUAAAUGUUAAACUUUUUAACAGUUUUGUUGUUAAAAGUGUACUUAGCAGAAAGAGUUAGUUUCAAAUUAAGAUUUUACAAAUGUACUUUUUUUUUUUUUUUUCUCCGCAGUGUUGAUCUUGUUCAUUCCUGUGGCCUUCAGAAUCUGUCACAU